AUGGCCAGCCAGGUGGAGGCGAUCAAGUGGGUGCCCGGCACCCCCUUCCUUGUGGACGGCUUCCGGUUCCAGCACCCCGCUUGUCGCGCUUUCUUCCUCACACACAUGCACUCCGACCACACCACGGGCCUGAGCCGGAGCUUCAGCGCGGGCCCCAUCUACUGCUCCCCCAUCACCGCCCGCCUGCUGCGCUGCGACAUGGGCAUCCGCCCAGACCUGAUCCGCAUCCUGCCGCUCGACCUGCCCACCACCAUCUGCGGGGUCGAGGUGGUCCCCAUAGACGCCAACCACUGCCCCGGCGCCGUCAUGUUCCUGUUUCGAGCGCCCACCACCAUCCUGCACACCGGGGACGUGAGGUGGCAGGCCGGCAUGGCGCAGCACGCCGCGCUGACGGGGCGCCAGGUGGACGUGCUCAUGCUGGACACAACCUACAGCCAGCGCAAGUGGACCUUCCCGCCACAGGAGGAAGUCGUGGAGCUCAUGGUGCAGGCCAUGGCGAGGGAAGCGGCUGCGGGGCCGCCGGGCGCCGUGCUGUUUGUGGUGGGCAGCUACCAUAUUGGCAAGGAAAGGGCGUACCUGGGGGCCGGCGCCGCCCUGGGCUGGCGCGUGCACUGCAGCCCCGCCAAGCGCAGGCUGCUGCAUAUGCUGGGGCUGCCGGCAGCGUGGCUGGCCCUGCUGACCGAUGUGGCGGAGGAGGCGCAGAUCCACGUCUUGGGCAUGGGCGAGCAGCUGCACCCGCAGGCGCUGGCCGACCGCAUCGCCGGCACACGCUGGCAGCGCGCGGUGGCCAUCCGGCCCACCGGGUGGUCGUGGCGGCCCAAGGGCGGGCUGGAUGUGCGCACCGAAGGGGAGUGCGUGCGCGCGCUGCGGCCGCGCCGCCUCAUCCCCACCGUCGACGCCGCCGACGCCGCCGCCAGCCGCGCCGUCGUGGACCGCUUUGCUGACCUAAUGGACCUGUCUGCCGACCGCUCCCGCCUCGACUGCUACCUGCGCCGCCAGCCGCAGCAGGCGCCCGUCGGCGAGGAGCAGGCGGCAGCGGCGGAGGGAGGGGCGGAGGCGGGAGCGGAGGUGGCGGAGGCGGUCGGGGGAGCUGGUGGCGGCCAGCCGGCGAUGGGCAGCAGCAGCGGCGGCAGCGACGGCGGCGGCCGCAGCCUGGAGGGCGAGCGCGCCGCGGGCAACAGCAGCAGCAGCAGCGGCGGCGCGGAGCGAGCCGGACGCGGCAGCCCGGCCAGCGGCUCUACACCAGCGCGCCGCAGCGGUGGCGGCGGCAGCGGCGCAGCCGUGGCAGCCGCCCUCGGCACGACGCCCGCAGCGCGCGGGGCUGCAUCACCAGGCGCAGCGGCAGGAGGGGCAGCAGGGGAGGCGUGCGCCGUUGAGGUUGAUCUGGCGGCCGUGGACGUCGCCGAGCAGCAGCGGAUCCUGGCGGCCAUCCAGGCCAGGAACAGCGGCACCAACAGCGGCGGUAGCGGCGGCAAGAGGCGGGCGCCCGGCAGCGGCGCGGGCCUGAGGCAGGGCACCCUCAAGCGCUUCUUCGCCUCGCGCAGCCAGCCCUCGCCGACUUGA